AGAUUGGAGAAAGCCGGGAAGGUAACAGGCUAAUACUAGGUUAGGUUAACCGAAGCAAAGCAACCCUGGCCUUCCGGUACAGUACAGAGGUAAUCACUUAUGAAUUCUAUAAUUUCUUGCUUUGGCUGAUGAAAGUGAAGUCUUGAACUUGAAUGAAGAAGGAUGGUGGAUUCUGACCUUCCACCGAGUCCAAAUGAUUUCCUAUUUCCCCCAAUCGACCACGAAAAUCUCCAAAUUGCGUCACAAACCCCUCCCUCACCUCCUUCACCCCAACCCUUCGAUUCUCGUCUUCGCGGCUGGAUUAGUAUCUCCUUCCACAUAUUGCGUUCCAAGCUUUCAUCUUUGAUGCAGAGAGGGCCAAUUUGGUCAAUUGGGCUGCCUUCUGCAGCGCUUCUAAUGUCAUGCUGGAUCUUCAUCUCCAUCAGGAAGAAGAUAACCCUCACGCCCAAUGAAGCGCGUCUCGUUAACAUCAUCAAGGACAAAGAUCGGAAAAUUGCCAAACUCUUGCACCAGAUUGCACAAAUGAAUGAAAUACUCAUAGAUCGUCACAAAGCUUUGGUUGCAAAAGCAGCGGCAGCGGAAUGAUUUCCUAAAGCUUGUGAAUAUGGUAGCUCACAUUCACAAGGAACAGUGGUCGGGGCUUCACCCUGCCUACACCAAUGAUCAUUGAUGCUGCUGUUAUCUUCUUUCUAUUUUUGAAAUACCACUGCUUACAUGUGCAUUUUGUAAUUUGCUUGGAUUCUGCAUGUGAGUUAGGUUGUAAAUUGACAUAGCAACUAAUAGUUAUUCUUUGCACAUGUUCCUGCUACAGCCAAGUGAUUGAACAAUCAGAACUGGCAUAUCAAACCUAAUCAAAGCAAAUGGCUUACGAAUGAGGCGCCUUUGGGGUUAUAUCAUUAAUCUGCGUGAAAACUUUGACGAAUGAAGUUCUCCACUCUUCAUGGAUAACCACAGCAUUUACGCAGCGAAGCUGGCAGAACACUCUAACUGUACUAACGGUUUGUUAACUAGGUUCUUGGUGAUCAAUGUUGCAUUUGUUCAAGUCCUUAUGUUAACUUAAUGACUUCCACCAUAUUUGGUUAGCUUUUGGAAAAUCAAAAAUCCCAUUCUUUUAUUUACUGUAUUUGAGAUGCAUGUCACAGAACAUCCAAGAACGUAUCAUUCUAAAGUGUUAUGGAGUGAAUUUUGACGAUUAGUAUUUAGUAAACAGGCCCGUGAUUAAUUAUUAUUUGAAGAAUUUGUUUAAUGUUUUCAA